CGGCCCUCAGCUUUUAUUCCACCGCGGACACGGAGCGAGUCUGUAUCUGAGGAGCUUAGCUCAAAUUCAGGCGAGGUUUAAAGGGGGAAUACUUUACUUUUAGGGCUCAGAAAUAGUGUUAAAGACGAGUAUCAGCUGUUUUACGUGUCGUGUAAUCUAUCUAGUGUCGAUUAUUCUUUACAGUUUGAUAGUUUAAACAGAGAAACGUCGAUAAAUCUUAGUGGAAAAGCAGAGCUAACUAAAAAACCGGCGAACAAAGAAGCUCUUUCUCCGAGAAUCCUCUCCUCACUCCUCUUUAGUUAUGAGUCAUGUGGCCGUCGAAAAUGUACACGGUCUAGACCAGCAGCUGGCUGUCCUAGACUUGAACUCUGAUGUGCAGGGAGGAGGUACUGGCAGGCGUUACAUUCCACCUCAUUUAAGGAACAAGGAGGUUUCCAAAAAUGCAGGAUCUUAUUCCUGUGGUAGUGAUUACUCAGUGCCACUAGGAAGGAGCUAUUCUCCUGGUGGCUGGGAUGGUGGUCGCAGCAAUGGAUUCGUAAAUGGCUACCAUGAUAACCGUGACAACCGUAUGAAUGGAGGCAGCACUUUCGGCAGCCGUGGUGGGCCCGUACGCAACGACCGUGGGGGCAGAGGUGCCGGUAGUUUCAGAGGCAGGGGCACUGGCUCUUUCCAGCCAACACAAAACGCCGCUUUUGGCUUAGACAAUAAAGAUCGUACAGGGUGGAAUGCCACUAAAGACACUGCUUAUAGCAGCUUUGGUGGACGUUCUGACAGGGGCAAGUCUGCCUUCUUCAAUGACCGUGGAACCUCUUCACGGGGAAGGUAUGAGCGUGGAGGCUUCGGUGGUGGAGGAAACGGCCGUUGGGUUGAAGAGUCCAGAGAUGACGAGGACUGGUCCAAACCUCUGGCCCCUAAUGAGAGGCUGGAACAAGAGCUGUUCGCUGGAAGCAAUACAGGGAUUAACUUUGAAAAGUAUGACGACAUUCCUGUUGAAGCCACUGGACACAACAGUCCUCCACACAUUGACAGUUUCCAUGAUGUGGAAAUGGGUGAGAUCAUUAUGGGCAAUAUUGCUUUGAGUCGCUACACACGCCCUACUCCGGUCCAGAAACAUGCUAUUCCAAUCAUCAAAACCAAGAGAGACCUGAUGGCAUGUGCACAGACAGGCUCUGGUAAAACGGCAGCCUUCCUGCUGCCAGUGCUAAGUCAGAUUUACACAGAUGGGCCAGGAGAGGCCCUACAGGCUGCAAAGAACAAUGGACAGGAAAAUGGAAGAUACGGACGCCGCAAACAGUACCCCCUUUCUCUGGUUCUGGCUCCCACUAGAGAACUGGCUCUUCAGAUCUACGAUGAGGCCAGAAAGUUCGCAUAUCGCUCACGGGUGCGGCCGUGUGUGGUGUAUGGAGGAGCCGACAUCGGCCAGCAGAUCCGUGACCUGGAGAGGGGAUGCCACUUGCUGGUGGCCACACCUGGUCGUCUUGUAGAUAUGAUGGAGAGAGGCAAGAUCGGUUUGGAUUAUUGCAAUUACUUGGUCCUGGAUGAGGCUGACAGGAUGUUGGAUAUGGGUUUCGAGCCACAGAUCCGUCGUAUUGUAGAGCAGGACACUAUGCCUCCCAAAGGCCUGCGCCAGACCAUGAUGUUCAGCGCCACCUUCCCAAAAGAGAUCCAGAUCCUGGCACGUGACUUCCUGGAGGAUUACAUCUUCUUGGCUGUGGGGCGUGUGGGCUCCACCUCUGAGAACAUCACCCAAAAAGUGGUCUGGGUCGAGGAAAGCGAUAAGAGGUCCUUCCUGCUUGAUCUUCUCAAUGCCACAGUUAUACCAAGUGAGGUUCAGGACAGUACGGGGGAAAGCAGGGAGAAACCUGGUAAAGACUCUCUCACUCUGGUGUUCGUGGAGACUAAAAAGGGUGCCGACGCGCUGGAGGACUUCCUGUACCGCGAGGGCUACGCCUGCACCAGUAUCCAUGGUGACCGAUCCCAGAGAGAUCGUGAGGAAGCGCUGAAUCAGUUCCGCUCGGGAAGAUGCCCCAUUCUGGUGGCUACUGCUGUGGCUGCACGUGGUCUGGACAUCAGCAACGUGAAACACGUCAUUAACUUCGACUUGCCCAGUGACAUUGAGGAGUAUGUCCAUCGUAUUGGUCGUACCGGUCGUGUGGGCAACCUUGGUCUUGCUACAUCAUUCUUCAAUGACAAGAAUAGCAACAUCACCAAGGAUCUGCUGGAUAUUCUAGUUGAGGCUAAACAGGAAGUCCCGUCCUGGUUGGAGAGCUUGGCUUACGAGCACCAGCACAAGAGCAGCAGCCGGGGUCGCUCAAAGAGAUUCUCUGGUGGAUUCGGAGCAAGAGAUUACCGUCAAACCAGCGGCGGCAGCAGCAGUGGAGGCUUCGGAAGUCGCGGCAGCCGCAGCACAGGAGGCCACGGUGGAAAUCGCGGAUUUGGCGGUGGUAAGGGUGGAUUUGGAAACUUCUACAACAGUGAUGGCUAUGGAGGAAACUACUCUCAGGUGGACUGGUGGGGCAACUAAAUCCCACCCCCCCACCCCACUUUCCAUCUUUCCAAACCCCACUCCCCGUGAUCAGUGGGUUACCACGCCGAACUCACUGAAUGGAAACCACAUGUAACUUUAGCCAGACUAUUUACCCUGUGUAGCUUUCAAGAACUCUACAGUACAUUACCAGCUGUGAUUCUCUGACCACAUCCCAAAAUGAAGCGUACCACUGGCUGUAGAAGAUGGGCUUGCCAGGGUGAUUGAAGGUUUGGCCGCAGGGGAACCAGUCUCCAGACCUGCUCGUCUGUAGAAAGAAAACGGAGGGAAAAAUGCAGAAAUAUACUUAAUUAGGAUCUUUUUGACUCGUUUUUCCACCACACCUCAUUGCUUUCUUCGUAGUAAUCGAGAAUCAUUUGUUCGUUAAUGUACUGUGCCUUUAAAUUUGACCUUUUUUGUGUUUGUUCUUUUUGUUCCUUUUUAAACGUCAGACUGGCUAACACUUGGCCACGAUUGUGGUUUUUAUUGUUUGCUUUCUUUCUUUUCUCUUUUUUCCAUGUUUGUUUUUUGAAGGUAAGAAAAUUUCAGCUUGUGCUCAAUCAAACCUUGGCAAACUCUGGGAUGGUCUGACUCUCUUCGAGUCACUAUCUUGUUCUGAACUUCAAAUUUGUCACGGGGUCACCAGGCUGCUGUCGCAAAGGUGCCUGGGCCUGGCCCUCCCUCUAUUGGCUUUUACUCUUGCUCGACAAAGAAAACGUGUUGCAGGAGAAGGAAGUCAUUAGUGAUUAAUGAUGAUGUUAAUCUUGCGCUCACUAUCCUGAGGUGGUGCCUCUUAAGGACGCGGUCGUCGUCUGCGGGAGGUUUAAAAUAAAAAUAAAAGCCAUUCCAGUUUCUGAUCUCUUAAUAUUUAUCCAUAGUCCUGAGGAGGAGGAGGUUUAGUGAACAGAGGUGUGAACCUCCGUUCACGAUUUGGUGUUUGGACGUGUGACGCUCAAACGCUCCCACUUCUGAAUCGUAACGUUUUUCAGGCAGCUAGCUCUGUGCCACAGACUCUAGCUAGUUUGGAGGAAUGGAGGUAGUUUCUUCAUUGUUUUCUUACUUGAACUAUUGUGGAGCUGGCUGUUUUGGAUUGUUUUAUUUGUAUUCUUUAAUGAAAUGGUGUACUCCAAGCUACUGCCAUAGCGAAAAGGACAAAUGGCUACAUUUAUAUAUUAGGAUCACAGCAUCAGAGUAGACUGGCCCUAAAUGCCCAGCUGACUCUGCAGUAAUUCGCAUGCUAGUGUUGUUGUUUUUUGGUCAAGGAGAUUUUCAAUCAAAUUUCUGCAGCAGGCUUUUAUUUUAUAAAGAAUGUCGUCAUCCGGACUUUCGUUUAUUUUGUGUCCUCUCUUUUCCCAAGCUGCGUUGCAUUUCGAAAAGACAUCCUCGGGCUUGCACUAGAGACAUGGUUCCCCUGAGAUCCCCCACAGGAGCUUGGGGUAAACAGGGGCUGGAUAAAAUCAGGAAUGUACACAGGAAAAGGAACUGCACAGGGUGAGGCAAAGGCUGGUAGGAUUGCAGUUUUUGGCAUAACACUUUUUUUAUUAUUUUCUUUUUGUUGUGGAUGAGGUUUUCAUGGCAUCCUGGCCAAAGACAGGGUUACAGUUCUUCACCCAUUUCUCCCGUUACUGUAAUCUACAGCAGUUGAGCUGCUGUGCGGUACUGUGGAGAUUAAGUCAGAGUAACUGGCGGCAGCGCUGGCCUCUCGCGCUCGCUCUCUCUCUCGGCAGGCGAGGUGUUAGGAGGAUGGGCAGGAUACUACAUUGAACUGAAGUGCAAUAGAUUUCCUCUCAUGCGUGUUGUGCCUUUGACAUUUUAAAGAAGUGUGAGAAAUGGUGAACUGAAGCGGAUGCACUGACAGUAUUGUGGUAACUUGAAAUGAGUGGUGCUAUUUAGGUCUAGGCCCGUGUAUGUUAUGCCCAUCGAGUUUUACAGAAAAAUGUUCUUUUAUUGCACAUCUAGAGUUUUAUAUAAAUGUCUUCUUGAGUGCGUGUCCUUAAGCUUCCAAAUAAUUGUGUGUGAAGACUGUAAAAUAAUAAUAAAAAAAAAAAACGCAGCUUGUUUACAAAAGGGGAAGGGUUCUCAAUAUUUAACCAGGAUCGAUUUGGGACCAGGGAAUCAGCAGUGGGGAAUUUAGCUAUUUGCACACGGAUUACUAGAUUCUACUUUUGCUGCUAGUUUGUGUAAUUUAUUGAGCAUUUUUGAGAAAUAUUUAUUUUUAUAAACCUAAAAGUGAUCGUUUCAAGUAACUUGACCAAAAGACAGUACAAAAACACUGGCACUUGAAUGUUGAAUGUCACCCGUAUGCGUGAAAUUUAUAUAUUUCGGGGUAGUGUGAGCUUUUUAAAGUUUAAGGUCAUUUUGGACUCCGUCAAAAAUCCAUAUUUGUAGCCUCAAGGGCCAAGUAUUUCAGUCACACUUGUAAUUGGCAGCCAAAAUUUAAAAGCUAACAACUAAAUGCCAAGGUUUGGACAAAAGAUCAAAACAUUUUUCCUAAAUAUGUACAAAAAACAGUGCAAAGUGUCCAGAUUGUCCAGUUUAUUUUUUUUCUUUUUCUUUAUUUUUUAAUUUUUAAUUGUUUGAAUUAUUUUCCCCCUCAGUGAAUGUCUGGCACAUGGCAAUCUUACGGAAAACAUGUGGUUAUUCUCUCUAUUGUUGCAUUUGCAGAAAUUGGGCAUUUGGAAAUACUGUUCUCUUCCUGGUUUGGUGGUGAAUUCUUCUUCUUUAAGUCUUAAGGAACAAAAAAAGGGGUGAACAGCUCAAGACAAGCUCUCAAUUCACCAAACCAUGACAAAGAACAUCACCGGAGCCCUUAGAAUUAGAAUUUGCUUUAUGUACUAGUUUAGAAGCUGUGCACUGCACGAGAACACUUAUUGUAUGAUUUUACCAAAAUAAAGUUUGAAAUGGUAAAUAUGCAA